AUGGCUUCGACUUCGAAUGACCCUAGACUCCUCUACAGCAUCAACAAUGUCCACGCAUUUCACGUGCAGGACGGCGAAGAGUCGAGCCUGACACCGUCUGGUCCUCAGACGCUCUCGCUUCUGAUGGUCCCAACUACAGCUUCCACAUCUCAGAACCAGAACAUACCUUUGUCGCCCGCCCAAGAAACCCCGCCUGAAGAGGACUUCUAUCUGCAUCUACAUCUUCCUCCGGAGCUUGACUUGGCUCUCCCUGCUACCACCCAGAUUUACCACCAACCCCCGAGUAGCUAUAUCGUUCCUCGCUGGGAUUUGGGACCAGAUGCAGGCGCUUUCAUCCGUAUCCAAUUUCCCGGAAUUGGAUCCGGGCCCAAUAAGGUGACGCAGGAAGAUAUUGAUACUUUCGAAACAAUCCUUGCUCAGUGCACGGCUUUCCAUGAGCGUGCGCAAGUCGCGAAGGACCAUGCAGCUUAUAACCCUGCGGCCUUUGCACCGGGUGAGGGCUAUGUGUCCUCGCCAGGGCCUUCCGGACCUAGCGAUAGAAAGGAUGCACACGGACGUAUUGUCCUCGUGGACGAAGAGGAUGGAAGCGUUGUCGGCGAGAUGGAAGGAUAUGAUGUCGUUGAGGAAUCUGAUGUCAAACCCGGCUCGAAGAGGCCUGUCCAAAUCCAGCUUCCUACUGAAGGCGAGGGCAAUCAAGUUGACGUCAGCAAUGUAUCUGAGGAAUACCUUGCAACAUCGCGACACCCCGCAUACAAGGGCUCAUCUCUUGUUCAAUCGUCUGCCACAGCUUCUCGCUUGAUUGUGACUGGAUCCACGUAUCUCGCCAACGCAAUGACCAGUGGUGCAGGCACGUUCACUCGAAAGGUCAAGGCGAACCCAAAGCCAGCGACCUUUUCAGACGCCACUCAUACUCGGGUUCGCAAGAUCGGAACUUUCUCCAGCGGUGCAGCUGGCAUCUCUUCGAAAACGGUUGGCCAGGUUGGCAAGUACGCGCAGAACUUUGGUGCCUCUAUGGCCGGUCGUAAUAAUGGAAAGGCUCGGGGCGAUAGGUCAACGGCCCCUGAGAGUGGAAAGCCGGGAAUUCUCAACAAGUCAAUGAUCGCAUUUUCCACAUUGGCAGAUGGCAUUGAACAAGGUGCGCGGAAUGUAUUGACGUCUGGGUCAUCCGCCGCAUCUACAAUGAUUGGCCACCGCUACGGAACGGAAGCCGGCUCGGUCGCUUCCAACUUGACAGGAGGCAUCAAGAAUGUGGGGUUAGUUUAUAUCGACGCCUCUGGGGUUAGCCGCAAGGCGAUUAUCAAGUCGGUCGCCAAGGGUAUGGUCGUUGGGCGCAUGAAGGACGGGCAGCAAGUCGUUGUCGGCGCGGGCGAUGGUGGAGAGGUUUCCCCUCCAGGAGGACCAGGACAGAGCGGCAGCCCGGCCGCAAGACGGCCGUCUCCCAGCCCAACGCCGCCUCCCGCAUACGGCGCCUCGGGGACUUACUCGCUCGGCGGGGCAAGUAUGUCGGGCGGUAAGCGCUGA